AUGCUGCAGGCGACGUUCAGCAGAAACAAAACACCGACUGGGGUGUACAUACACGGGCUGUCUGUUGAUGGGGGGGUUUGGAAUUAUGAUUUAGGGGUUUUAACAGAUGAGCCGUCAGCAGCAACAGCAACAGCAGCAGCAGCAGGAGCAGCAGGAGCAGCAGGAGCAGAAGCAGGGGCAGCAGCAACUGUCUCUCACGACUUCCCGGUGCUGCUGCUGCAGCCUCAAGUAGCAGAAGGAGAGACGCCGAAUAAAGCAGAGACCGAAGACGCAGCAGCUACAGAAGCAGCAGCAGCAGCAUCAGAAGCAGCAGCAGCAGCAGAAGCAGCAGCAGCAUAUGAGCCGGAGUCUCCAAAGGAGACACAGCAGCAGAAGCUGCAGUACAUUUGCCCCCUCUUCGUUACUGCCGAGAGAAACUCCACAGGUAAAUUCUUUUUUCUUCUAUGCAGCAGCAGCAGCAGCAGUAGCAGCAGCAGCAGCAAUAGCAGCAGCAGCAAUAACUGCAGCAGCAAUAGCUGUAGCAGCAAGUGCAUCAGCAAAUCAGUGUUUCUCUAG